GAUGCCAUGCGUGCUCACUGUCCUGAGAGAUGACAAAACACUACACCCUUCGGGAUUUUCUCCCUCUGUUCUAAAGCAGCAUAUCACAUCUGUGUCUGACAGAAGCAUAAGGAGCUGAGGGAAGCAGACCUUCAUCAUCCUUCCCAGAAUAUCACUGCAUGGGUUAAAAGUUAAGAUGAAGUCUACUGAUCCUACGUUUUGCCUACAAAUUAUAAAAUGUGGAGGCUACCGAAGCGUGCAUUCCAACUUUUCAGUGUUGGAAUCAUCGACAGAAAACAGAUGGAAUUUACUGGAUGCUAAAUCUUUAAAUGAAUUUUUAAUGGGUACUGAACACUCGAGUUAGCUGAAGUCAGUGCAUUUGCCUCUUUUUUUCCUUUUUGUUUGAGGGGGGGGACAAAAAAGGGGAUUUAAAAGAUGCAAAGUUCACAGGUUAUUUUCUGUUGCCUGAUUAAGGCAGAAUAAACAAAAAUACUGAAUGUGGGAGAGAUCAAAUAUUGCAGAUACCUGGAAAUGAAUUGGAAACGACCAACAUCACAAGAUGAAGCAGCAGUGAACAAGACGCUGUGGAAAAAGAAAUCACAAGACGAGAGUGCAUAAUGCAUUUCAAAUUGAAGAAAGCUUCCUAUCUGCUGAGUGAACCUCAGUAUAUUCCGACAGAGCACAGAUAAAGCUUCAGUCAACUAUAUCUCCUAGCUGCCUCCAAAAGAUAUACAGAAAACAAUAUGCAAGAGUGCUAAGAUUCUGAUGACAAUUGAUCAAGAAAAAGAAUGGAAGUAAAUCUAUUCAGCAAUUCUACUGUUAUAAAUAGUUCAUCCAUCAACCAUAAACAGUUAGAAGGGCACAGCCUCUGGGAAGUUAUUACUAUUGCCACUGUAACUGCAAUUGUAAGCUUAAUAACCAUAGUGGGAAAUGUUCUUGUAAUGAUAUCCUUCAAGGUUAACAGUCAGCUCAAAACUGUUAACAACUAUUACUUGCUCAGUCUUGCCUGUGCAGACCUCAUCAUUGGAAUAUUCUCUAUGAACCUCUAUACCUCUUAUAUACUCAUAGGCCAUUGGUCUCUUGGAAGCCUGGCGUGUGACCUGUGGCUAGCGCUGGAUUACGUAGCUAGCAAUGCUUCAGUCAUGAACCUCCUAGUCAUCAGCUUUGACAGAUAUUUUUCCAUCACAAGGCCUUUGACAUACAGAGCUAAACGCACGCCCAAAAGAGCUGGCAUCAUGAUUGGCCUGGCUUGGCUAAUCUCCUUCAUUCUAUGGGCACCUGUAAUAUUAUGCUGGCAGUAUUUUGUGGGUGAACGAACAGUACCCCCUGAGGAAUGCCAGAUACAGUUUUUAUACGAGCCCAUUAUCACUUUUGGUACUGCAAUUGCUGCUUUUUACAUUCCAGUGUCAGUGAUGACCAUUUUAUAUUGCCGCAUCUACAAAGAGACUGAGAAACGUACCAAGGACCUCGCUGAACUGCAGGGUUCUGAGUCUGUGGCCGAAUUUGAGACAAUAAAGCCUCGAAAAGCUUUCCUGAAGUCUUGCUUCAGUUGCAAGCAACAAAACUUAGUCAAAAGGGAGAGAUGUCAGGCUUCCUGGUCUUCAUCCAGUCGAAGUACAUCAGCUACAGUGAAGGCAUCCCAGGCAGUGAGCACGUGCACUGAGUGGGCUAAGGCUGACCAACUGACCACCUGCAGCAGCUAUGCAUCAUCAGAAGAAGAGGACAAACUUGCCACUGAUCCUGUUUUCCAAGUUGCAUACAGGAGUCCAUCUAAAGGUAAGGAAGAAGAAUUUAAUGAAAGGGAAAGUAAGGAUAUUGUUGUCAAAGACCAACCUGAAGAAAACGAUUUUGAGACCCAGCAAUACUUUUUGUCACCUGCCAUCGGCCAAAAAAGUAAAAAAUGUGUGGCCUACAAAUUCCGCUUGGUGGUUAAGGCUGAUGGCACUCAGGAAGCCAACAAUGGUUGCCGUAAGGUAAAAAUAACUCCUUGUUCUGCUGCUGUGUCGAAGGAUCCUUCCAUCAAAAGCAUGGAUCCAAAUAUAAAUAACCAAAUCACCAAAAGGAAAAGGAUGGUUCUUAUAAAAGAACGUAAAGCAGCACAAACUUUGAGUGCCAUUCUUUUGGCUUUUAUCAUCACAUGGACUCCCUACAAUAUAAUGGUUUUGAUCUCCACAUUCUGCUCGGACUGCAUUCCUCUGACAUUGUGGCACCUUGGAUACUGGCUAUGCUAUGUGAACAGCACUGUUAAUCCCAUGUGUUAUGCUCUCUGUAACAAAACUUUCAGGAAAACUUUUAAGAUGCUACUUUUCUGCCAGUGGAAAAAGAAAAAAGUGGAAGAGAAACUGUACUGGCAGGGCAAUACUCGAAUGCCAUAACAACUCCUAUAUAAGAG